AACAGCAGCAAUGGCCAGAUAUGACUGGUGCUGCAGUAGCAUGAAGUUUACUACAGCAUGCAUUUUGAUCCAGUCAUGCUGGAAGGAUAUGAAAUAUGGAUGCUGAGAGAAUCCAGGCAUUUGAGAACAGAUGCCUGAGAAGGCUAUUCAAAAUUUCAUACAAGGAACACAACACAGUCACCUCACUUGUGGGACACCACAAACCACCAGGAAGGAUGCUCAGAGAUUGUUCUUCAACAGAUCAAGAUGCUAACAUUCCUGCUGGAACUGUCCUGUUUACAAAUGGUGUUCCCUAUACUUACCAGAAUGGAAUGGCAAUUUUUCAGUCACCAGAAGGGACUUUCCCAGUACCCCAGCCUCAGCCAGCUUAUACCGCAACAGUUAUGAUGCCACAGACACAGACUGUGUAUAUGACACCACAGUAUUCACCUUACCAGACGGCUGCUCCUCAGUGGACAACACCACAAGCACAGUGGCGAUGGGGAUCCCAAACAACUGGACAACAAGCUUUAGCAGGAAACCCCGGUUAUGUGUGGGCAGCCAUGCAUGCUAGUCCAGAUUUGAUAUAUUCUCAGCCACCUCCACCACAAGCAUAUCAGACAGCUGAACUGGACCCUACCUUUGUUGAAGGAGCACCGGUUGAGGUAAUCCAAGGAAGUGAUAUAUUUGAUGUCCUCCUAAAAGAUGCAAAGGAAUUUAGUGGCAAUGUGAUCCCCGUGGAGCAAUCUUUGGCUACACGCAUGCACACCCCUGUCACUGAUGUUAACGCCAAUGAGCAGACUUCUGUCUCCACGGUUCCUGUGAUAUCCAUGCAAACGCCAUCCACCAAAGCUGGCACAGCAGUUGUAGCUAACUAUAAGAAACCAUAUACCUUGACAAGACGUGCUUUUACUGCUCCAACAAUACUUGUUAAACAUGGACAUAAAGUACAGAGAGUAAUGCUGUCAAGUUCAACUCCAUCUACAAUGUAUAAUGGCCAAAUAUUGAAUCCCAGUGACACUGGAGACGGGGAUGGAUAUAUAAGAUACACAACUUUACAGAGUCAUUCAACAAGUAACUGAUGUAAAAAAAAAAAGUUGAAAGAGUAUUUCACAACAGCGGAUUUUCUUAAAUUUGGAGGGGGGAACAACAAUGCAGUACACGAUGAAGCAUUAUACUAAGGGAAGGUGUUUGUGCCUCCAGUUAGGGCCAUUUUUUGUGUAAAUUCACUUAUUAUGAGAACUAAACAUUUGUGACAUCUUCAGUAGAAUUUUCUAAUUAGCAUCUUUAUAUCAUUUUCUACUUUUUUUUAUUAUUAUUUAUCUUCAGUCCCAGAAUCUUGAAUAUCUGUAAAAAUUGUUUAACUUGUUAGUCCUUGGGAAAGCAUUUUAUCUUAGAAUGGCUAUCGUUGGCUAAAAGGAUUGAUUGUAUUCAAUUCUUUUUAUAAUGUUUGCUUUGGGACUGUCAUCAUACUGUGCAAAAUCUUGGUCUGAAGAGGUUCUUGGAAUACAAGGGAGGAGAAAGGUCAGCCAGAGUAGUUCCAGGUGAAAUCUAAUGCUGUGUUUAUUCUCAGGAAGAUAUAACCGACACUAAAAGUUCAUCAUCAUCUGUGUUGAAUUCUAAAACUUACUGUUGGUGCAUUCCAAAUAGCACAUUUAUAAUAUGCAUAUCUGCAUUUUUUUUUUUCUUUUUGAAAUUGUAACCAGCUUUCACUUCUAGUUGACAAAACAAGAAAUUUCUCUUCAAAAUAAAAUCAAUUAAUUUCAAAGAUUAUCAUGAAAGAUAAUAAUUGUAAAUGACCUAACAUGGAAACAUGCUGUCUUUCAUAUUUAAGAAUUGAACAAAUUAAAGAAAAAUUUUUUUUCCUAUUCCUUCCAGUGGCAGAUACUAUUAUUGAAAGGGGGUUGGUAAAUUGUGUUCCCAUGUAUCAGGAAAAUGUAUGCUGCAUUAAUAUUUUUUAAAUGGGAUUAAUCUUCGGGGGUCAAACAAAAUUCUUAUGUUUUUAAGGCUGGCAGUCAGUGAAAUAUCGGCUUUCUAGGAUGAUGUAUUUUGGCACAUUUUAGCCUCGUCUAGUUAAGUACUUCCCAUGAAACUCAAGUUGUCUUUUGCAUACAGAUUUUCUAGUCAAUCUAGUAAGUCUUCGUAAGCUGUUGCCCAUGUGCCAUGUAUGAUCCUAUAAACUAUAUGCCAUUGAAUACAAUGGAAAAUGUACAAGAAUGGUCUGCAGAACCGUUUUGAAGGCAGUCUUAUUUUGACUACUAUUUCCAAACUAGUGGUUAAAGUUGACAUCAGUGUGGAUACCAAAAUACCUUGCUAUAAUGUGGGUUAAUUUCUCCCAUGAACACAUGGUGCUGGAAUGGGAUUGGCAUGGGAAGGUACAAUUCUGGUAAAAUUAUAGGAAAGGGGAGAGAAAUAGGACACGGGGAAUGUAAAAAAAAAAACAACUUUGUGAACAUUUAACAACUGCUGUGUGGUACAUAUAUCAUGUACACCAAUAGUAUCUACCAGGUUUCAUAAUUCAACAAAACUAAAAUAUUUGCAGCUUUCUAUCCCACCCCGAAUCCAUGAACUUUGUUCUUAACCCUAGGUUUUAGCUAACAGUUUUUGGUUUUUUGGGGUUUUGUUCUUUGAGCCUUGUUACAAAGAACUGUCAGUUUGAACAAUCGGUUGAGUUUGGGUUUUUAGUGUAAAUGGCAUUGAAUUUUGUGAAGGCAGUUCUACUUUUAAAGACGAUGUUUUCCCACAAGAGAAAAUACAUCCUCAGCAUUUUGCUAAUAAGACUCUGUCAACCCCCCAACAAAAGUAAUGUACGUAUUUUCACAGAUUUAGUAAUUGUACUUUUUUGGUUGGUUUCUAAAUUGUGCAGAAACCUUGGAUAAAUUCCUGAACAGCUUUAUUAAUAUCCGUUGCGUGUACAGCAAAAUAUUUUCCCCAAUGUAUUUUCACAUUGGAACCUUUGAUCCAAGAUGAGUGCCACCUUUAUUUCUAUGUUUUGUUUAAAAUUCAAAACCACAACCCAAAAGGAGGAAAGAGAAAUGAGGAAUCAGAACUCCCUCGAGUAAGCAGGCAAGUUUCAAUGAUUCAAGGAUUACCAUCCAAAUUUAAUUUCAUGAGAAAUAAUAUACUCCACAAUGACAGAUUUCUAACAUCAUGAAUAUUUGCAGCAUCCUGUACCAGUAAUCCCUAUCAAAGCACCCUAACAGGCUCAAGGAGCUUGUAGGUAAAAUACUGUUGCAAAGACUAAUCAACAAAUUAUGAGCACUUAGCAAUUCACUUAGAUUUAAGCAAAAGUGGAUCUGUAAUGAUGAAAGGCUAUAGUUCAACCCUUCAGUUUUUUAAACCUUGCAUAUAUAUGUAUGCAUGGGUUACUGGGGCUCAUUGAUAAACAGAGUUGAUGGCAGCACCUAAAAAUACAGAUUUUUUUUUUUUCCAGUUCAUUGUUAAACUUGAAUAGAAAAUGGGUGUUGGCUUCGAGUUAUGAGGGAUUUGCCAUUUAUAGGAGAAUUGCUGUUUGUCUUUCAAUAAAUAAAGUGUCUUCAGCAGAAAUGUAAACUCUCAUAAAUUGAAAGUGCUAGGAACAAGCUUUCAGUCAAUAUUUUCAGUUCUAUACAUAUGGACUUGAGUUGGCUAAAACCAAAAUUAGUCUUGAUUUAUAUGAAUUAAAACUAAGAAUUGUAGUUGCUAAUUUAAAUAGUAUUUAGUUGGGGUUUUCUUGUGUGGGUUUUUUUUUUCUGUUUUGUUUUGUUUUUGUUUUUUGUUGAGUGGACCUGUUGUCUGUUAUCAUUAAUUACGUAUGGCUUAUUUAGUUUGAUAUGCUGUGUAAAGCAUAAUAUUUCAGUUUUUUUCAUAGCCAUUUCUGAUGCUUGUAUUAUGUGAUAUGAAUUUUGCAUGUGAGGAAGGGGGCCUUAAAAAUGCAGGAAAUUUUUUUUUCUUACCCUCUAUCUCAUGUUCUGAUUGAAGAGAUCUGGGAUUUUUUUUAAUUUGUUCUUCCCUUGGUUCCCUCACUCAGCCAUCCCUUUUUAACUUUUUAAACAAAACUAAGUUUUAAAAUCUAUCGGAAAUUCCAGAGAUUAAUGAUAUGUCAUUAAAGUUGUGAAGAUGACAGGUCUACUCACCUAAAUUUAUUUUUUUGCUGUAGAAAAAAAGCUUAAAGAGCUGUUACAAACACUUUCAAAUGCUCAUUUAGUGGCAGUUCAUGUUCAUGCAUAAUAAGCACCUUACGAAUGAAGUGUUUAAAUAUCUCUGAAAUAUCUGAUAAAAUGGUUCCACCUAACAGUCAUGGUCAAGUUUGGAUGCUGCAGUAAUUGAUAUGUCAUUGCAUCACUGGUAACAUCAUCUUGAAGGUUUCUUUGUUUACUGAAUAUUUGAUAAAAGCAGGCCUUGCAUAAAAGAAUGUUGUAUCAUUGAAUUUUCACAACAAUAUUGCGUUUUGGACCAGAGUAUUGCUAAUAAGCAAAGUUCUUUGGGUGUGUAGUGACCUUCAUAUUUUGCAUUUAAAAAUAUUUGGACAGUGUCAAAUGAUCAAACAAUAUUUACAUAUGUUGAUUGUUAACGGGGUUAGCAUGAAAACUUUUUUAAUUUCCUGAAUCCAUCUGUUUAAACGUCGCAAAUUUCAGUCUUUUUUUUUUUUUUUUUUUUUCAAAGAUCAAUAAAAUGAUCGAACAGUCUUAGAUACAGAUUUGUUUUCCUAAAGAAAUCAGUAUAGAGUACAGAUGAAAACAAAUAGUUUCAAAUAAUCCACUGUUGCUGCUUUUCUAUUGUACAAUUAUGAGAAGAACUUUAUCAGAGCUUUUGGCCCUUGACAUAUUGGGAAUACUGGCAUAGUGUGUGCCAAACUGUGAAAAUAUAUUCAGUGGUAGAGCUUGCAUCCAGAAGGGCAUAACAAUAUACAAUGCAUAAUCCUAAAUAUUUGGUAGGAUCAGCACAAGACUUUUGUGGGUUGGUUUGGUUUUUUCUUUGCUACUGUUUUCUCUGGAUAUUGUCAUUUGUAUUUCACUUUCCAUACAGCAUAUUCUGUAUGUCGCAUUAUUUGUCACUGCUACUGGCAUACGUCGGUUGAGAAAAACUUGGGAUGCAAAGGUGAUUAAUAGUUAGUCAAAAUAUAUCUUAUGUAUUUUUACUAAUCUUUGGUUGUAAAAUGUUGACAAGGUAGGAUUUUUUCCGGAAAAGGGAGUGAGGUCUAAGCUGCAAAAUUUUGGGAUGAUUGAAUAUCACAUUUUGAACUUUUAACAGUCCUAUGUGUAGUUAAGCAUUUUAGGUGGCACGUAAGAAAACACCAGUUCCUGAAACUGCUUGCUAAUUUUGUGUUCUCUUCGGUAAAAAUAAUUAGCACUGUAUUGGUGUGAUCCAUUAGAAAUUGAAUUUUUGGUGGCAUGUAUCACUUGAAACACCAAACAUAACCUUAUUCCAUUUUCAAGAAAUAUUACUAGGGUUUUUUUUUUUAAAUCUACAUAAAUAACAAAGGAAGUAAAACUUCAAGACCAGUACUGUAUGUUUACAAAUCUUGUACUGUUUUUUUAACAUCAUCCCAUCCAUUAAAGCCGGCUGGGUUUUCGGCUGCAGAAAUCUAGCCCCAUUCCAUAUUCUAUUGUUGUAGAAAAACUAAAAGCCUUGGGACUAUUUGUGGUUUGAAGAAGUAUAUGAUGCAGUACAAAACUUUAUCAACCCCUUAUGUUAAUCCUAUUAUAGAUGUGGCCCAUGUAAUUGCUAAUAAAAUUCACAUAUAUAUAGAAUCUCUUGUACUUUAUUUAGGGAAGGAGUAUUUUUGAUGAUAUAGUUUGCAAUUUAACAUAGUAACUGUUGAGUAAAACAUAAAUCUAUAAUGCUUUAAAAUAGAUUCCCCCUCCCCAUUGUAUUUUAUGUCCAGAUUAAAAACAAAUUUAGGAAAUAAAACAUAGACCUAUAAUGCUUUAACAUAUACUCAGCUAGAUGUGCUCACUUAGGAGAUGGUGUAGGCAGUGGCAUGUAGAGCGUAAAGAAAUUUAACUUUUUUUUAAAUCGAUGGCCAGAUUUAAGCCAAAUAUAGGAAAAGGUAAUAUGUAAAUUUCACUGGUGAAAAUAUUUCAUUGUUGAUGUAUAAAAAUGCAUAUGAAUGUCAUUCCAAUGUUCACUUCUUUUUUUUUCGCUUCUUGGAUGUAUCCUGCUGUCUCAAAUUUUUUGUGUCAUUUUAAUUUUGAAAUGCAUCAGAUUGUUUUAAUUGUGUGAAUGUGAUCAUUGAGGUUAUAUUGAACCUACACCAAUACACUUGGCUUGUCCAUCUAUACCCUUUUGAGGGAAACGCACACAUGCAGAUGGGUGAAUUUGAUCUUUUCAGUUCCUGUGAAUUUUAACUAUGAAGUUAAGAUAGUGAGCAAGCGAUUACCAUCUAUAUGUUGCAUCAGAUACAUUUCUGAACUGGAUUUUGUCAAUAACAACAUUUUAACCAAGUUGUCUUAUAGGGAUCAUCAUCUGUGGAGAGGGAAGGAAUCGAAUGUCCAGGUGUCAAAAACCUCUUGCCCACUUUUUUUCUUCAGCCUCAUAUUCCAAUACAGAAAGAUUCUAGAAAGUCUGCCGGUGUAUGUGUAAUAAUUACUUACCCACCAACCCCCACCCUUUAUUUUUGAUGAGGCGAAAUGACAAAUAUUCUACUCAAACUGAAACUCCCAUCCCUUUCAAGAUGAAAUUAUUUAGAUACCUUGCUGGUAUGUUUAUGGUGAAAGAUGUGCCUGUGUAUAUGUGUGCAUAUUAUAAAACAUUUGACCCAACUGGGGUUGUGUGCAUUCACUUCAUAGUGAUCAUAUCGUGGUUUUUGCAUUAUGCUCAUUGUCUUCAUCUACAAGCUUGCAUAUAAUAAAUUCAAGAAAGCUAUGCAGUA